AUGAAGAGGGCGCGGAUCGAGGAGCCUGUCGCGUCGAGCAGCAGUGGACAAGGCAGCGGUUCGAGUGCCGUUCCCAGCGGCCGGGGCAGCACCUCGGAGCCGCACGUCCACCAAUCCAAGAUCUCUCGAAAGAUCCGCGCCUGUCAACAAUGUCAGAAUCGCAAAAUCAAAUGUGACAUUGAGCAGGGGCAGUCGCGAUGUGCACGUUGCACUCGCAUGGGACUAGAAUGCGUCAUCAACAAGAGCCUGCAGACCCUCCUCGAUGACGAGAAUCAGUGGAAGAAGGAGAUGGAGCAGCAGCUGCGUUCUCUUCAAGCUGCCAUGUCCCAGGUCCAAAGGAUGCUCAACAUCCCGCCGCCAAAUCCGCAGCAUCAGCAGCAUCAGCAGCUGCCACAACAACAACAGCAGCAGCAGCAGCACCUCCAUGACAUCCCUUCCGUCGGCAGCGGCGCCACUCACUCAUCAGCCUUUGACAAUAGCCCAAGUCUUUCAGGCAUGCACGGCAGCCCCGCGGGACCGUCACCGAGCCGGCCGCCUGAGAUCACAGCUAUGACUCGGGAAAACUCGCCCGAGACUGCUCACCCGCGCAUCAAGGAGGAUCAGGCCAUCGUUGAUGCCCCGAUGGCCAGCCUAUUUGAGGUGACAAAGCUGCGCAACAUACGUAGUGACCCUGGGUCACGCGCCGACGCACUUCUCGCCGCUCGCCGCUCGGGCGAGCCAGACUUCAUCGCGCAGGGGCGGGUACCUCUCGCCGAAGCCGAGCAGCUGUUUGCCAGGUUCCGCGGGACGCUAAAUGCAUACCUCUGGGGAGGCGUUGCCCUUCUGCACGACAACCUGCUUUCGGCGCGGCAAUCAUCUCCACUGCUCGUGGCCGCCAUUCUCGCCGUCACGGCGCUGCACGCCCAAGACGAGGGGGUAAGCUUUGACCGGUGCUAUCCCGUCUUUCUUGACCUCGCCAGCCAGUGCAUGUUCCAGCGGUACCACACGCUCGACGACGUUCGCGGCCUUUGCAUCGGUGCAUUCUGGCUGUCUGACGUCAGCUGGAAGCUAUCAGGCCUGGCCGUGCGCAUUGCGACUGAGCUCAACCUGCACCAGUUCUGCGCCAAGGCGCUUCGAGAUGAGCCGGAUCACGUCGAGAAGGCGAGGCUCUGGUACUUUCUCUACGUAUGUGACCAUCACUUUAGCAUUGCCUAUGGGCGCCCGCCUGUGAUACCCGAGGACGUGACCAUAUCGCGGCACGAGUCAUUCCUGCAGUUGCCGGGCAUCAGGCAGGCAGACUUUCGCCUGCACAGCCAGGUAGCCAUCUUUGUGAUCCUCAGCCGCGCGUACCAUACCUUCGGGCCCGACCGCUCGAGACUCGUAGCCAACGACGAGUUUGAGGCACUGCGGCGCUAUGAGUCGGAUAUGGGCCAUUGGCGGCGUAUGUGGGAGCCUAGGCUGGUGCCGGAUCCCAAUAUUUCGCAGUACCCUGCCAAGGGCGUGAAAUUGCACUAUCACUUUGCUCGGUUACAGAUCUUCUCCGUCUGUCUUCGCGGGCUCACACCGACGGACCAGUUUCUCAUGUCGCCUGAACGGCGGAGCUUCAUCGACUCGGCCAUCAGCAGUGCCUCGGCGGCGCUGCGGCUCAUCCUCAAUGACCCUGACAUGCGGCGGGCCGUCAUCGGCGUGCCGUUGUAUCUGCUGACGGCCAUGGCCUAUGCCGCCAUAUUCCUGAUGAAGGUGCAAUCCGAGUGGAAGGCGGCUGAGUUCAACAUCAGCUUCUCCGAGGUAGUGACGCUGAUUGAGGCGACGGUCAGUCUGCUCAACGACUCGCAGGCGUGCGUCAGGCACGUAGCGCACUUCCUCGGCAAGGGGCUCAACACGAUGCUGGAGAAGUUCAAGGAGAGGGAGGCCAUGCUUCAGGCGCAAGCCCAGCAACAGCAGAACGAGCAAUUUGUGCAGCAACAGGGAUGGGCGGCGCAGGAUGCGCAGCAGGGCUGGAACAACUGGAUGCUCGGCGGCGCUCCGGAGGUAGAGCCUUUUGGGAUCGGCGCGGAGUACUACCCGCUCGGGAUACUGGACGUGCUGGGCUCGCAGAUGCCCGGCUGA